CUGUGAGGUGGUUGGAACACAACUGCCGCUACCAGUAUCUGGAUGAACUUCUCCAGUACGUCCGCUUCGGCCUUAUGGAUGUGGAUACACUGCAUACUGUAGCUCUUACUCAUCCUCUUGUCCAAGCCAGUGAAACUGCAACAGCGCUCAUUAAUGAGGCCUUGGCUUACCACCAGAGCGUCUAUGCACAGCCGGUUUGGCAAACUGCAAGGACAAAGCCUCGCUUCCAGUCAGACACUCUUUAUAUUAUUGGUGGGAAAAAAAGAGAAGUCUGUAAAGUGAAGGAAUUGCGGUACUUCAAUCCAGUAGACCAAGAGAACGUUCAUAUCGCGGGAAUCGCCAACUGGAGUGAGCUGGCGCCUAUGCCUGUGGGGAGGAGCCACCACUGCGUUGCUGUCAUGGGAGACUUUCUUUUUGUAGCUGGUGGAGAGGUAGAGCACUCCACAGGGCGCACGUGUGCCGUGAGGACUGUCUGUCGAUAUGAUCCUCGCACUAACUCCUGGGCGGAGAUAGCGCCGAUGAAGAACUGCCGGGAGCACUUUGUGCUGGGAGCCGUGGACGAGUACCUCUAUGCCGUAGGGGGCAGAAACGAACUGCGUCAAGUGUUGCCCACAGUUGAACGCUACUGCCCCAAGAAGAACAAGUGGACCUUUGUACAGUCCUUUGAUCGGUCGCUCUCUUGCCAUGCGGGAUAUGUGGUGGAUGGUCUUCUUUGGAUAUCAGGAGGAGUAACAAAUACUGCACAAUAUCAAAAUAGACUCAUGGUCUAUGAUCCUAAGCAGAAUAAGUGGUUAAGCCGUAGCCCGAUGCUGCAGAGGAGAGUGUAUCACUCCAUGGCCGCUGUCCAAAGGAAGCUGUACGUGUUAGGUGGGAACGACCUCGACUACAACAACGAUCGGAUCCUGGUCCGGCACAUAGACUCCUACAGCAUAGAUGCCGACCAGUGGACUCGUUGCAGCUUCAACAUGCUGACAGGUCAAAAUGAGUCUGGAGUUGCUGUCCACAAUGGUAGAAUAUAUUUAGUUGGUGGCUAUUCGAUUUGGACAAAUGAGCCUUUGGCAUGUAUCCAGGUGCUGGAUGUUAGCAAGGAGGGGAAGGAAGAGGUAUUCUAUGGGCCUACACUCCCCUUCGCUUCCAAUGGAAUAGCAGCCUGCUUUCUUCCAGCUCCUUAUUUCACAUGCCCCAACCUUCAGACUCUGCAAGUGCCUCACCACAGGAUCGGCACAAUGUGACGCAUUCCUUGCGCUUCACAGAAUCGAAAGUGGAGGGGGAAAGCGUCAAACCCUGUGUACAGAAGGGUUUCUCUGGGUCAGUGAGAAGAAUAAAUCCACUUGGGCUGCUGCUUUACCAUCACACAUUUGUCUUAAAGUCGGAUCACAGCAGGCAGGCAGGAAGUUACAAAGCCUGUAUGCGGCUUCUCUCCUCGGCCUCAGACGUGGAAGCAGCUACGUGAGAGCGUUGUGCAUUUCUGCUGGUGACUACUUGCUACGUGUCUUCUUCAUUUCCUUAUGCAACUUCGUCAGGCAUUGUGGAUGCUCUCAGUUCUUCCUGGGCUGCUGCUCUUUGGAGUCUGCACAGUCAGUUGUUCACCAGUGGCGCUUUCAAAGACAAUAAAAAAGCUCUGUUUAUGUUGACAAAGAUGAUAUAAUACUGUGCUAAUUAUGCAACUUACUCAAUACCUUUGGCAAAAAGAAUAACAAAUGUGUUGACUUCCAAUUCUGAACUCCAUCGUUUACAGUUUCUCAUUUAAUAAUACUUCAUUUGAAAUUUAAAUACUUCAAAACAGAUUAAAACAAAAAUAAGAAACAAACAAGCCCUAUAGGAUAUGAGGAACAGAUAAAAAUUGUCUCAGCUGAAAGGCAAAGAAAAUGAAGCCUCAUGGUUAAACUCAAGUCUGAACUGAAUGUGUUUGUCUGAGAAUCUAAAGAUUGUUUGGGAUGUCAUUCACCAAGGUCUACUACCAAAUAAAUGUUACCUUCUGUCAUAUGAUCAAUUCUUCCUGACAGCUGCAUUCUUUUAAUGCUGGAGAUCAGCCUCUUUACUGUAUAAUUAAAAUGUGCCAUUUACUUAAUAUUUUUAAUAUCCAGUUUGCAAGGGGUCACCACAUUUACAAUUAUCAAUGAGCAGUCUCAUUUUGUCCAACAUAUGGUCCCACAAAUCACUGGUCUCCAGAGGCUAAACAGGUGUAGAACAAUGUCAAUAUUUAUUUAUUUAUUCUUUCAGUUUAUAUAGUGUGUCUGCAUUCCACUCUCCAGGCAUAUGCCAGCUCACAGCAAAUACUCUAACCUGGUAUAUUUUGACUUUGCUUGGCUACUGCAGCCCCUAUCUCUUAUCUCUGUGUUUCAUUUACAUAUUGAACAAAAAUGUCAAUGUUUGUAAAUAUUAACCAAGCAUGUAAUUAAAUCUUUCUCUAUUUCUGAUUUGUGGAUACUCUGCACUUCUCUGCCUUACCUACCGAUCAGCUCCCUGCCACUGUGCUGCCUGAGCAGAGCUAUCAAAUUCCUUCUGAUGCUCCUGCUAAUGCCAUGUGUGGAAUAAGCUACAGCAGUAGCCCGUGCCUGCUGGACAGGAACAGGUUUGACUUUGUCCAGUGAGCAGUGCUUUCUAAUCAGAACUGUCUUUUAACUUUUUAGGGUGUGAUUACAGGGAGGUAACUUUAUUAUCAUUUCUGUCUCCUGCUGGGCAGUGUACUGGUGGAACAUCACCUUUCCUUUUCCAUACACACUCAGGUUAGAAUGUUUUAUGGUUGGGUUUUUUGUUUUGUUUUUGUUUUUGUUUUUUUUCCUGCUGAGCCUUCUCACUUUGGUUGUCUCGAGCAGAGCUGCAGCUGCCCAGUCUUUGCCUGGCACACCAAUUCAAGUUGCUAACACCAUCUCCCUGUGUGCUCCAAGCACACCUGUAUCUAGGCAGGACUUUUCUCUGUGCUGUGUGGGAGCUGGAUAGGCUGUACAUCAAGACAUAUUUUAAUUUCUUAUUUGAAUUUGUUUGAUCUGAAAAUCUGCAUGCAAGGGGCAACUCUCUGAACAGUUCAUUUAUAGAUAUUGUUUUCCUGUGUGGACCGCAGGUUCCAAGUCAAACAAGUAUUCAAACUUUGACUGAGGUGUGGUUUUCAGGGAGACAAAUAGAGUACAUGUCUCAUUUUCAAGAGGAGGGAAACUAAAAUAAUCAAAAUGUGUGCAGGGUCUUUGAGUCUUAUCCCAGAGCUAUCACACCAGGACCUGCAGGACAGAUGGAGGGUGCUUUGUUGCACCUGAAGUCAGAAAAUGCUUCAUAGCCCUUGCCAGAUGAGCAAAACCCAGUUAAUUAUUACCAGGAACCUUUUGUGGCCAGAGCUGCCUCUUCUGAUUUAUCUGUAUAUCUGUAAAUCACCUGUGGAGAGCAAAGAACCGAUUAGUGUGGAUUACUGGAGCUAUUCACUGCAGAAAUGCCAAGCUACCUAAUGAUGACUUAUACUGUAAGUCCUGCUGUUGGAAUAAAUCUGCUGUCCACCAAUUAAUGUUGUACAAUUCCUAUUAAAUACAUAUUAUAUAAUAGACAAAAAUGUAUUAAUAAACUUGCUCAAAUAUCA